AUGGAUACAAACCGUAACAGCUCAACUUCGGCUUCAGCUCUGGACACUGCUGCGCGAUAUGACAAAAAAGGAGAAACAAACAUUGCGAUGCACAAUAUUGAAGGUGCGGAAGGGGAUGCAAAGAUGGGAACAAUACCGUCCCUCUUCAGUCUACACUGUUCUCAUCGUACAGCGAAUGUAGGACAAGAUGAAUGUCACAGAAACAGGCAAAAAAGAAAAGCUGUAGUACUGUUUACAGAAGAGAUUGAAGGGAUGAUUCUGAAGGAGAAGCAGAAUCCAGUCGUAUAUGACCAUAUUGAUAAUCUAGAGGCAUUGAAGUAUUAA